UGUCUCACAGGGCUGUCUUCUUUUCUGGUCUCAUCCCUCAGCUCUCCAGCAGCAAGAGGUGCUCUGUGAGCAGCAGACAAUAGGAGCAGCAGGAUGGCGGAGAAGGGCAUGGAUCCCGCGUGUGUCUCCAUUGCCCUGGAGGACACGGUGUGCCACACCAGCCCCCCAGAUGCCCCGCUCCUCACUACUCACUUGAAGAAGGUGGAGAACCACAUCACAGAGGCCCAGAGGUUUUCCCAUCUCCCCAAGCGCUCGGCUGUCAACAUUGAGUUCAUUGACUUGUCCUACUCGGUGCGCGAAGGCUCGUGGUGGAGGAAGAGAGGGUACAAGACUCUCCUCAAAUGCCUGUCAGGGAAGUUCUGCCAGCGGGAGCUCAUUGGGAUCAUGGGGCCCUCAGGUGCUGGGAAGUCCACAUUAAUGAACAUCCUGGCGGGAUACAGGGAGACGGGCAUGAAGGGCCAGAUCCUGGUCAAUGGCCGUCCACGGGACCUGCGCACCUUCCGCAAGAUGUCCUGCUACAUCAUGCAGGAUGACAUGCUCCUGCCACACCUUACUGUGCUGGAGGCCAUGAUGGUCUCUGCUAACUUGAAGCUGAGUGAGAAGCAGGAGGUGAAGAAGGAGCUGGUGAAUGAGAUCCUGACAGCCCUGGGGCUGCUGGAGUGUUCCUACACACGCACCAUGUCGCUGUCGGGGGGGCAGCGCAAGCGGCUGGCCAUCGCCCUGGAGCUGGUGAACAACCCACCGGUCAUGUUCUUCGAUGAGCCCACGAGCGGUCUGGACAGUGCCUCCUGCUUCCAGGUGGUCUCCCUGAUGCGGUCCCUGGCUCAGGGUGGGCGCACCAUCAUCUGCACCAUCCACCAGCCCAGCGCCAAGCUCUUUGAGAUGUUCGACAAGCUGUACAUCCUGAGCCAGGGCCAGUGCAUCUUCAAAGGCAUUGUGACCAAUCUCAUCCCCUACCUGAAGGGUCUUGGCCUCCACUGUCCCACCUACCACAACCCUGCUGACUUCAUUAUUGAGGUGGCCUCAGGAGAGUAUGGGGACCUCAACCCUGUCCUGUUCCGUGCCGUCCAGAAUGGCAUGUGCACCAUGGCUGAGAAGAAGAGCAGCCCUGACAAGACAGAUCCAUCAUGCCCAGCACACUGCGUGACGGAUGUGGACCACAUCGAGAGCCACACGUUUGCCACCAGCACUUCAACUCAGUUCUGUAUCCUCUUCAAGAGAACUUUUAUCUGCAUCCUAAGGGACACGGUGCUGACCCACCUGCGGUUCAUGUCCCACAUCUGCAUCGGGGUGCUGAUCGGGCUGCUCUACCUGCACAUUGGCAACGACGCAGGCAAAGUCUUCAACAACACCGGCUUUCUCUUCUUCUCCAUGCUUUUCCUCAUGUUUGCUGCUCUGAUGCCCACCAUCCUCACCUUCCCCCAGGAGAUGUCUGUAUUCCUGAGAGAGCACCUAAACUACUGGUACAGCCUGAAAGCCUAUUAUCUGGCAAAGACCAUGGCAGAUGUGCCCUUCCAGGUGAUCUGCCCCAUCGCAUACUGCAGCAUCGUGUACUGGAUGACAGGGCAGCCACCUGAAGCCACACGCUUCCUCCUCUUCUCUGCACUAGCCACCGCCACGGCCCUGGUAGCCCAGUCCCUUGGACUUCUCAUUGGAGCUGCUUCCACUUCCUUACAGGUGGCCACAUUUGUGGGACCCGUCACUGCCAUCCCCGUCCUGCUCUUCUCGGGCUUCUUUGUCAGCUUCAAGACCAUCCCCACCUACCUGCAGUGGAGCUCCUACGUCUCCUAUGUCAGGUACGGCUUCGAGGGAGUCAUUCUCACCAUCUAUGCCAUGGAGCGUGAGGACCUGGAGUGCCUCGAGGAAUUCUGCCCUUUCCAAAAACCCAUCAAGAUCCUGCAGGAGCUGGAUGUGGAGGAGGCCAAGCUCUACCUGGACUUUCUCAUCCUGGGCAUCUUCUUCAUCAUCCUGCGGCUGCUGGCUUACCUGGUCCUCAGGUACAAAGUCAAAUCCGAGAGAUAAAGGGGCUGUGGGGCCCAGUGCCCUUACUGGGCCUGGCCUGCUGCGAGAGAUGUUCUGCAGGAGGACACAGUGCUCCCAGCGGGUCACGGACCACGGCGGAGGCGGCGCUGGAUGCCAGCCAGGCCUGGCUCAGUCGAGAAGGGUUUUGAGACAGCUCGAAACUGUUUUAACCUCUCCACACACUCUUCAUUGCAAAAGUUUCGUACAGCCCUGGCAUGUGCCAUCCCUCUCCCCCAGGACUACCACCCCUGCCAGCCCUGCCCGGCACUGCCCUUCUUCUCCAAGCACAGUGGGACACAGCCCUGCCAUGGCGACAGCCCCUCAGGCAGGAGGGGAGCAGAGCCCCGGGGCUGCCUGAGCUCAGGGCUGCAGCUGGGACAAGAGCCCUGCAGGGUGAGGAUUGGGAUGAGAACUCUGCAGCUUGAGGACUAGCAGUGCAGCUCCCAGCCCCGUGGCUCAGCCUGCCAGCAGCACAUGUGUCAAUGCAAAGAAGAGCCCAAAGAUGCAAUUGGCCAAGUUGCACAAGGCUUUAGUGUUUCCUGUUGCAGCAGCCACAGAAAUUGCUGCAUCCCCUUUUUAUUUCUGCACAAAUCCUCUGUCCUUUCUCUUUAUUUUAAUUUCUUUCUUUUUUUAUGAACCUCACUGCUUCCCAGUCUGCAUGGAGGGGAGAGGGAGCCAGCAGGCACAGAAGGACUUGGGGCUCUGUCUUAGACUCCUACUCAAAUGCCAUCCUCAGGGAUGGGAUCUUCAAACUUGGGGCUGUGGCAGCAAGUGUGAGAACGGGACAGUAUUCUCAGACCUCAGGGAGUUUCACGUUCAGUCCCUGUUGUCUUUAGGGUCUGAGCCAAGAGGGUAAAAUUGGCCAACGUGGAGAGAAGUGACUGGUCACUUCAAGUACUGCAUGAAGUGGGGAGGAUUUAGGUUCCCACACCUGCCGGUGCCAGGCAGCUGGAAAGGAAGGCCAGGCUCAUCCAUGCCGUCACUGGAGCCUCUAGUGCAGCAGAAGAGCUGCCUCUGAGCUCUUCCCUUGCACCAUCUUGCUCCUCACUCCUCUUCCUCCCAGCACUACUGUGGCUGUCUCAGCAGAACAGGGAACCCACUGCUUUUUAGUGAGCACAGGCACGGGGAAGGUGGCUGUGCCCCAUCCUGGCAUGCUGGGCCCUGGUCCAAGUGCAGUCUAUGAGCUGCUGCUGCUGGCACUCUGAGCAGCCAGGGAUGGCAGGGCAAAUGCCAGAUCUCAGCAAAAUCCUCAAGACUGUUCUUUGCUUUUGCUGGCUCAUGUUUGGACUGCUGCACACAGCUGGGCUGGGCUGUGGCAGGCCAUGGCAGGCAUGUGGCAGCAGUGGCGCUGGGCACUGUGCAAGGUCAGGUUUCCCCUGCCUGGACAGCAUCGGUGCAAGGACAUUGUACCCAUGGGGCUCUCCUGCAGAGUGGCUGGAAGCAGGACAUGCCCUGACACCCUUUCCAUGCUGAGCAUUGGGGUUUUCCCCAGGGGCUCUUGUCUGACUUACUGCUGUUUGUCACAAAAUUCCCCUCUGCUCCUGGCUCUUCCCUGCCUGCCAGCCCUGAGCCAUGCCCUGCAUGGACCCAUGCCACGCUGGGGGGCUGUAGGCUCCUGAGCACGCUGCUGCGAGCUGCAGCCACAGGGGCACAGUCCAGUGGGGAACAGUCCCUGUGUCUGCUCUGUCCUUAGCUGGAUGGGUGGGCAGGGAGCCAGGGGCAGGAUGGAGCUGCAAGCUGUCACCCUUCUCCAUCUCACUGCCUGUGAGACUUGACAGGACUGAUGCCCCACUUGUGUCCUGCUCUUGGGCUGAGGCAGCGUGUGCUGCUGGGCUGAGGGUGCUCCCCCAGGGAGGCUGCCAGGGCCAGUGGUUCCUAGAGGUGGCUGCUUGGGCCAUCCUCUAGGAUGGGGUGGCUGGCAGCACCAGUGAGCGAGCGAGGAGCAGCCUCAUGCUGGACUGGCAUGCAGCAGCAAGGAUGUGCUUUAGCAGACCAGGGCAGUGAGGCCGUGGGUGCUUCUGGCUGCAGGAAUCCCACCAAGGAAUGCGUCUGGAUAAUCAUGAGGAGUGUGAUGGAGGAGAGCAGGCUUCUUCCCCCACACCUUCUCUCCCCUCCUGCCCUCUGCCUUCCCUUGUAGCGCACUUUGAAUGGAUGAGGAUGUGGUUCAGGCUCCUCCAUGGGAGCACUGGUUGAAUCCCAACGGAUCUGAAACAGCUUCAGCCCCUUAGCCUGGUUCCUUCAGCCCUCAGGAAGGGUUGUUUUGGGUAAUGCCCAUCCCUCAUGCGUGCUGUGAUUGCAGGCAGGGGUCUGGUCUCUCACCUCCAUGCAUGUCCAGUCCACCUUUGUCACGUGCACAGGAAGAGCAAAUGCAUCAGCACCCAGCUGGUGCUUGGGUUUGCUGGAAGGGAGACUGGGCUAGAGGAGG